ACAGCGAACAAACACUUGCGUUGUGGUUCAUGUUUCUUUGGCCUAAAUUCAACACAGAAUUUCCAAAUUCCUGACAAAGAUUCCUGUAAGUUUACAGACACAUCACGGUAUAAAAGAGGAAACACACGGACGCAUGAACUCACUUCAGCUCAGCUCUGCUUCACAGACGAGCCCGGUUAAUUGCUUCGUUUGAAACUUUAAUCAACGGAGUGAUGAAGGUUCUGCUGCUGGUUCUUGUUCUUGCCCUCGUAUUGUCGGACGGAUCUGCCCUGAAAUGUUAUAACUGCGUCCCCGGGGCAUCUGGAGGAAGUUGUGUGACCACUCAGGAGACCUGUGGCUAUAAUAAAGACACCUGCGUGUCUGCCAGAUUCACUAUCUCUCCCUAUUCUUACUUCCGGAGGUGCAUAAGCAUGGCAGACUGCAUGAUUCUUCAGUCCAGUCCCUUCAUUAAAGUCAGCUGCUGUCAGAAGGACCUGUGCAACACUCCUAUCAUUUAAAAAUGAGCCAAGCUGUAGCGUUGAUGUACACUUUAAGUGACGUGCACUACACAGAAAAAAGCACCAAAAAAAAAAAAAUUGUGAAUGCAAUGAUUUUCUUUUUUUCCGUGUAGUGCGUGUCACACAUAAAUGAGUAGAAUUAUUUACUAAUGCAAGACCAGUUAAAGGAGUUUUAAAGUGAUUCUUUCAGUGUGGGCGCUAUUUCAUAUCUGUAUUCCAUAUUCAUACUAAGGAAAAAAAAUAAAUAAAUAAAUGCAUGAACAAGGA